UAGAGGUUUUUAAAUUAUUUAGAAAUUUUUUCUAUCAAAAACGUGUUGGCGACACUGGUGUUAAGAUCCUAAUGAUCGAUUUGCAGUAACUAGUACUAGUUUGUCAUCUUGGUUGAUCUUUAAUUAGAUUACAGUAAGUACAUUAAUAACGGAGUAAAAUAAUAAGUAAAAGUUACACAAAUGGCCUCGGCUGCAAUGUCACCAACUGACGAUGACGAGCUUACUCUUCCUCGGGCAUCAAUUAACAAAAUAAUCAAGGAAAUAUUACCUCAUGUGCGAGUGGCAAAUGAAUCCAGAGAACUUAUUUUAAACUGCUGUACAGAAUUCAUUCAUUUGUUGUCUUCCGAAGCAAAUGAAAUUUGUAAUCAACAACAAAAAAAAACUAUAAAUGCGGAACAUGUUUUACAAGCUCUUGAUAAAUUGGGCUUUGGUGAUUAUAACGCAGAAGCAGAGGCUGUAUUACGGGAUUGCAAAGCUGUAGCGGCUAAAAGAAGACGUCAAAGUACCAGAUUAGAAAAUUUGGGCAUUCCAGAAGAAGAAUUAUUACGUCAACAACAGGAGUUAUUUGCUAAAGCAAGAGAGGAACAAGCAGUCGCGGAACAGCAACAGUGGCAACAAUUACAAGCUGUUACACAAAUGGCAUCCAUGCAACAAGGUGACAGCGAACAAGAAGAUUAUUCAUAAAGAAAUUCAAAUGGUGAAGUUCGUUUGUAAAAUCAAUUUGUUUUUUAUGUAAAAAAGUAUUUAUAAUAUUUAACAUAAAAUAGAAAGAAGG